CCUGGCGAGACCGUGUUACUCUGCGCUGCGCAUUUCAAUGAAGCCGGUUUAGCUGUUGAUAUUUCCUUUGUCCCCCUGCGUCUUACCGCCUUUAAGCAAUCCCCAAUCAAGCGCCCCAUUGGUCAACAAUUCUACAGCAAUCAUCUCUUUCUUCAGCGCAUCCUCCACAGACACGUCACGAAACGAAGCUCCCACCAAAACUUCCUGCCGCCCCUCCCCCGCCGUUUUCUCCACGAACCGAUCUCGCAUACUCCUUUUCCCAACACCCAACGAUAACAAACUCAACUCUUGGAAAUACAGUAGACACAAGAUCUUGGGAACCCUAGUGCUCUCUUGAGCGGAGCGAUACAAACCGCCAUCAUGAGCCGGACGUUGACGAGCCGGCAGGCCGAGGAGCUGUUCGUACAGGGGAGCUUCUGGAGCUUUGAUUUGCCCAUCUGACACUGCUGCAGGCAUAAAUCCAUCAUCGCCUACCUCGCCGCAAAUAACCUACAAGAAAGCGCCAAUGCCAUGAGGACGGAGCUCAGUCUUGGAGAGGAUGCUUUCGAUACGGCUACCGCGAAGAAAUACGAGACGCUGCUGGAGAAGAAAUGGACAAGUGUCGUGCGGUUACAAAAAAAGAUCAUGGAUCUAGAAGCACAGAACAACGCCCUUCAGACAGAACUUAAUAGCGCUACACCGACAUCUCUCUCUAACCGAAGAGGAGAUCCAUCUUCUUGGCUCCCAGCCGGUCCCCCACGACACGUCCUUCAAUCGCAUCGAACGCCCAUCAACUGCGUCGCCUUUCAUCCGAUCUUUUCGUCUAUCGCAUCCGGAGAUGAAGACGCCACUAUCAAGAUCUGGGAUUGGGAGUUUGGCGAGCUUGAAAGGACGGUGAAAGGUCACACCAAAGCGGUUCUCGAUCUCGACUACGGUGGUCCGAAAGGUCAUACGCUGCUUGCGUCUUGCAGUUCCGAUUUAACUAUCAAGCUAUGGGAUCCUUCGAACGAGUACCAAAAUAUUCGCACACUACCCGGUCACGACCAUAGUGUGAGCGCAGUCCGAUUUAUACCCUCCGGAGCUCCUGGGGCACCGUUAUCUGGAAAUCUGCUUGCGAGCGCUAGUCGAGAUGUUACAGUGAGGAUAUGGGAUGUCACGACAGGGUAUUGCGUCAAGACGAUAAGAGGGCAUGUCGACUGGAUUCGUGAUGUCGCUCCGUCGCUGGAUGGAAAAUACCUACUAUCGACUGGUAACGAUCGAACAGUGAGACUCUGGGAUAUUUCAGUACCAAAUCCUGAAGCCAAGCUCGUCAUGAUUGGGCACGAGCAUUUCGUCGAAUGCUGUACCUUUGCGCCACCAGCAGCAUACUCGCACUUGGCUACUCUCGCCGGAGUAAAGAAGGCGCCCCCAGCAAGCAGCACGGCGGAGUUCAUGGCGACCGGUGGCAGAGAUAAGACGAUCAAGUUGUGGGAUGGCCGAGGAACCUGUAUCAAGACCCUGGUAGGUCAUGACAACUGGGUUCGAGGCCUUGUGUUCCAUCCAAGCGGCAAAUUCCUUCUCUCCGUAUCCGAUGACAAGACGAUUCGAUGCUGGGAUCUGAGCCAAGAAGGAAAGUGUGUCAAGACCGUUGAAGGAGCCCACGAACAUUUCAUUACAAGUCUGAGAUGGGCGCCGCCUAUUAUCAAGGACAAGGGUCCGACUGAGGAGGCCAAUGGUGAUGUGGGCACUCCCAAGAAAGCGGCGGCGGCACCUCAAGAUGUGCAGAUCCGCUGUGUCAUUGCUACAGGAAGUGUAGAUAUGUCUCUUCGAAUCUUUUCGCGGUAGUUGGAUACAGCAUAUCUGAGUAUUGGAUAUAAACUAGAGGAAGCUGCUCACGAUGACCCCGUGGCCCAGCGACGUGCCAAAGCGCACGAUGCCGAUGCAGGUCGCCCGCGACAUGCCUCAGCCCCCAACAGAGAUUCCCUUCUAUCGAACGGCCGGAAACAUCCCAUCCCAAUCCGUCUCGACUUUUUAAACGGUUCAGAAAGGCGUAUUUCUUUUCGCCAGGAACCGGCACUCCCAUCUAUCAAAUCAUAACCAUAUUUAUAACAAAACAACAAACCAAGACAAACCUCCUUUCUACCGAUGGUCCCACCCGUCAAAAUGCGUCUGGUGCAUGGGGAUUUUACGAAUAAUGUUUGAUACCCAAGCGAUAUUAGGUACGGACAGUUGAUCUGAUGAUUUGCUGUUUGGAGGGAGGAUGAGUGAGUGAGGGGACGGGGGUUGGGAUGGAAAACUUUUGGGGAAAAAAGCAGGCAUAGACGUUAGGGGCAUCAUAGAACGGAAAUUUUACGUAUUUAUUUUAAUCAUUGAGCGAGUUAAGAGUCUG